AAAGUUGAGGAUAAAGAGGAAGAAGAAGAGAGGUUGGUGAGUGGAGAUCAGCAGUCUAUGGAGGAGGGGGAGAUGAUUACGGAAAGUAAACAGGAGGAAUCUUCUCUACAUAUAGACACAACAGAUGACCAUAAUGUCCGGAAUACGUCUGAGGAAUCUUCUGAUAAAUCACAUACCAGGACUCUAAGAUCUCACAGUAGAAAUACUUUAAUAGAUCCGUCUAUUCCCGAGGAAUUUUCUUCAGGGCAGGAAGGAGAUCACACAGAAGAGAGGUCAUUGUCAUGUUCAGUGUGUGGGAAACUUUUCACACAAAAGAGAAAACUUCUUAGACACGAGAAAUAUCACACCGCUGAGCGUCCAUAUUCAUGUUCAGAGUGCGGGAAGUGUUUCACUAGCAAACAAAACCUUCUUACACACCAGAACAGCCAUACGGGUGUGCGUCCCUAUUCAUGUUCGGAGUGCGGGAAAUGUUACACUCAGCAAAACCACCUACAUAGACAUCAAAGAAGCCACACAGGUGAACGUCCCUUCUCAUGUUCAGAGUGCGGGAAAGGUUUCAAUGAGAAAAAAAGUCUUAUUACACACCAGAGAAGUCACACGGGUGAGCAACCCUAUUCAUGUUCAGAGUGUGGGAAGUGUUUCACUCUGAAAAAAAAUCUUAUUAGACACCAGAAGGUUCACACGGGUGAGCGUCCCUAUUCAUGUUCUGAGUGCGGGAAAGGUUUCAUUGAGAAUGCAAAACUUAUUUUACACCAGAGAAAUCACACAGGCGAGUGUCCUUAUACAUGCUUGGAGUGUGGGAAAUGUUUCAAAUGGAAACAUUCAUUUGAUGCACACCAGAGAAUUCACACGGGUGAGCGUCCCUAUUCAUGUUCAGAGUGCGGGAAAUCUUUCACAAAGAAAGGAGACCUUGUGGAACACCAGAGAAUUCACACAGGUGAGCGUCCUUAUUCAUGUUCAGUGUGCGGGAAAUCUUUCACUCAGAAUGGAGGCCUUGUGUAUCACCAGAGAAUUCACACAGGUGAGCGUCCUUAUUCAUGUUCAGUGUGCGGGAAAUCUUUCAAUCAGAAUGGAAGCCUUGUGUAUCACCAGAGAACUCACAUGAGAACAGAAAGUUUCUCGAAAGCAUGCUGGAAGUGGAGGGAGAUAUUUCUGCAACUGAUAGCAGAGGAGGGUGAAGAACUAAAAGACAUCAAAGAUGAGAUUAAAGAGGAAGAAGAAGAGACGCUGGUGAGUGGAGAUCAGCAGUCUAUGGAGGAGGGGGAGAUGAUUAUGGAAAGUAAACAGGUGGAAUCUUCUCUACAUAUGGACACAACAGAUGACCAUAAUGUCCGGAAUACGUCUGAGGAAUCUUCUGAUAAAUCACAUACCAGGACUCUAAGAUCUCACAGUAGAAAUACUUUAAUAGAUCCGUCUAUUCCCGAGGAAUCUUCUUCAGAGCAGGAAGGAGAUCACACAGAAGAGAGGUCAUUGUCAUGUUCAGUGUGUGGGAAACUUUUCACAAAAAAGAGAGACCUUCUUAAACAUAAAAAAAUUCACACAGGUGAGCGUUCCUAUUCAUGUUCAGAGUGUGGGAAAUGUUUCCCUCAGAAAACAAAACUUUCUAUACAUCAAAGAAGUCACACUGGGGAGCGUCCUUAUUCAUGUUCAGAGUGCGGGAAAUGUUACACUAAGAAAGGAAGCCUUAUUAGACACAAAAGAAGUCACACAGGUGAAUUUUCAUGCUCAGAAUGUGGGAAAUGCUUCACUGACAACCAAAGUCUUCUUACACACCGGUACAGUCACACGGGUGAGCGUCCCUUCUCAUGUUCAGAGUGCGGAAAAUGUUACACAAAGAAAGCUAGCCUUCUUGCACACAAAAGACGUCACACAGGUGAAUUUUCAUGCCCAGAAUGUGGGAAAUGUUUCGCUGACAACCAAAGUCUUCUCACACACCGGUACAGUCACACGGGUGAGCGUCCCUUCUCAUGUUCAGAGUGCGGGAAAUGUUACACUGAGAAAAAAAAACUUAGUAUACAUAAAAGAAGUCACACAGGUGAGUGUUCUUAUUCAUGUUCAGAGUGCGGGAAAGGUUUCAAUGAGAAAAAAACUUUUAUUACACACCAGAGAAGUCACACGGGUGAGCAACCCUAUUCAUGUUCUGAGUGCGGGAAAUGUUUCACUCAGAAAAUAAAUCUUAUUAGACACCAGAAGCUUCAUACGGGGGAGCGUCCCUAUUCAUGUUCAGAGUGCGGGAAAGGUUUCAUUGAGAAAGCACAACUUCUCGUGCACCAGAGAAAUCACACGGGCGAGCAUCCUUAUACAUGCCCAGAGUGUGGGAAAUGUUUCAAAUGGAAAUAUUCAUUCGAUAUACACAAGAAGCAUCACACGGGUGAGCGUCCCUAUUCUUGUUCAGAGUGUGGGAAAUCUUUCUCACUGAAAGGAGACCUUGUGUAUCACCUGAGAAUUCACACAGGUGAGCGUCCUUAUUCAUGUUCAGAGUGCGGGAAAUCCUUCAGGUCGAACGGAGGCCUUGUGUAUCACCAGAGAAUUCACACGGGUGAGGGUCCUUAUUCAUGUUCAGAGUGCGGGAAAUCUUUCACAACAAAAGGAAACCUUGUGAAACACCAGAGAAUUCACAUGAGAUAACGAUCUUUCUCAUAAUAACAGUGGUGUGUUGGGGGAGGGGCGGAAUAUAUUGAAUGUUUUUCAGGUUCGGUUUGAUAGAUCUGAGUCUGCAGGGAUUGAAUUCUAGUAAUAUGAUCCUCUAAACAUACAGAGAUGACUCGGUCCCGCACUCACACAGACCGCACCAUACAACUAAACUGUGCUAAUACAUGGCCAGAUAUGACAAUACAUGGACAACACUUCUUAUUGGUUGAUAUCGGUUUCUGUAC